AUGGAACAUCCAGGAUACACCGUCAUAUUUUAAUGUGUAUUUUAUUGUAUUAAUGACUUUUGUUUUUGCGUAUAAAUGACUUCAGGUCUACUAGCGAGAACUUCUGUUCUGAUAUGAAAGUUUGCCUUUAGAAAUGUGAAGCGACAGGUCAUAUUUCAUAAAUGUUCAUGUCUGCACAGGCAUUUUUCAACAUAAAUAUAGAAAACUCUGAUUUCUAUAUUGUAUAUUAAUAUUUACAUGUAUAGACAUGCGGUUUGCAGUCGAAAGUUCACACGUAUCAUAUAAAGAUUUUAAUGUAGGCCUAAGCGAUAUUCUGGUAUUUGCUAUCAUGCUGAUGUUGUGUGAAUGUUACAAACCAUGCAUAUGAUGCAUGGGAGAUUUUUGAUUUAGAUUUUAUUUUUUUACAUUUUAUUUACUUAUUUUGGAAUGUGUGGUUAAAGCAGUCUUUGGGAGGGCUUGGCAAAAUCGUUGCUGUAAUGCAACGGUGAUUUAGGAGGCUUGGCAACCAGAAUUACCGAUGAAUUUUCUAUCGAUCCUAACAAGCUGAGAUUCAUCUCUGACAGGGGUUGGGCCACACACGGCUUAAGCCAUUCUCUCAGUGCAGUUAAUGCGUUUAAAUUAUUUUCAGCAGCGUAAGAUGAAUUUAUUUAAGUUAGAAUUUCGACAUGGAUGCACGGUUAGCAACGCUCCUUUUUAUAAUUUCUUUAAAAGGAUCAGAAAAGAGGGAAGGGGGGAGAAGUCAUCUGAGCGACCCGCACACCGCCUGAUCAAAUAACGGCUACGGCUAAUUAUUAGGCUGUUUGGUGUUAUUAAGAUUAUUUUGCCCUGAUACAAUACACGUGCUAGUGGGAUAAAAGUUCGCAAUAUCUUAACACAACAAACUGCACAGAUUGUGUUGAGGGGGUGCUACGCCUACCACCAUUUCCUUAUCCGGGAAACGCAGGGAGCCACACCAUUGGCUCCCAGUGUCACAUGGAUUCUUAACUUUGUUCACUUGACAGAAAGUAGGAGGGUUUUAUGAAACAGGAAAACGGGUAAAGGGAUAGCAAUAAAUUUUAGUAUAUUUUGUGUGCAAUUCAAAGAAAUUAAUGGCCAUGAGUUCCUUUUUGAUCAACUCCAACUAUGUGGAUCCGAAGUUUCCUCCCUGCGAGGAAUAUUCGCAGAAUGACUACCUACCCAGCCACUCUCCGGACUACUACAGUGCUCAAAGGAGAGAGACUGCGUUCCAGGAUGAACCGAUGUACCACCAGCGGUCGGGCUGCGCCGAUCCGCCGUUCACGCCGUGCCAGGGUCCCGGGCACCCCACGGCAGUGAUGUCUCCAAGAGCUCAUGUCCUCCCCCAAACUGGGCUUUCAAAUCCGCUCCCUGAGACAAACAGCCAUCACUGCCACUCCGCCACCCCAAGCCCUCCACCCUCCGUCAACCAAAGCAACUCUUCGUCUAGUUCGUGCAAAGAUCCAGUGGUCUAUCCUUGGAUGAAAAAAGUACAUGUAAACAUCGUGAAUCCCAAUUACACUGGGGGGGAGCCCAAACGGUCGCGGACAGCCUACACGAGACAGCAGGUCCUGGAGCUGGAGAAAGAAUUUCACUACAACCGCUAUCUGACCCGCAGACGGCGCGUGGAGAUCGCCCACACCCUCUGUCUCUCCGAACGGCAAAUCAAAAUUUGGUUUCAGAACCGACGAAUGAAAUGGAAAAAAGACCACAAGUUGCCCAACACCAAAAUAAGGUCCACCAACUCCUCCAGCUCAAACACGAGGGAUAGCCAGACACAUGGAAACUCUCAGAGCCGAACCAGUGGACCUCCGUCAAGCCUAUAGCUCCCCGAUACCUCCAAACUCUCUGAAGGGGUGCUGAUACAGGCUACACGCUGAGCGAAAAACACUAUUUAUGAAAGGAAUGGGGUGAAGACUUUACUGAGACACAGAAAUGUGCUUUGAUGCGCCCACCCCAUACACUUUUUCGGCACUCCUAUCCUCUGUUCUCUCCAUCUAUUAAAACAGAAAGCAGCCGAUAGUAGUUUUCAGACCUGGUGAAGCUGGACCCGUACUUCAUCUGUAAUCAUGAAAACCCGAGACUCAUCUAUCAUGUUUACUCUACGGUACAAAGGAUGGACCGCGGGCCUGCAGUGUUGUGCUUAAUAAAUGAAUCCUGCUUGCGUUAAGAGCAGUUGUUUAGAAUCAGUUUCCACCACAAAUUAAAAUAGCCGAAAUCUAAAUAUUAUUUAUGAUUUUUUAGGACGUUUCUGGUGCCGUGCUUUAGUCUCGUUCGCUUACGUAUGACAGGCAGUUCUUGUCAAUUUUAGUUCAUUCCUGAUGCGACUUCUCCACCGUUAUGCGUUUGCAGAACUGAGCGUUGUUCAACUGAAGGAUACUGCAAUAAAAAAACGAGAUGUGCAAAAUGAAACGAACCUAAACAUAAACGAAGCCAAAUGCUGCACAUAGAUAUGUAUUUUCAAUAUUGCAGUAAAUUACUUCAAUAUUACAAUUACCUCGAUUGUGAUUAUGUUAUAGGUAUGUUUUGCUUUGCAUUUUGAAGCAUCACUUCACAUUUCAAUCGAUUGUCCUGGGAAGUACUCGGGAUUAGACUCGUGUUUGUUCAUUCCUUGUAAAUUAAAUAUAAUUCAAGUAAAUGUGCGCCCAGAUCUAUAAACUCCAAAGCCGCGUAGCCUAUAUUGCAUGGCUUAAGCAAAAUGAAUAGGCCUAUUUUCUCUCCUGUCUAUCCCGUACAGUUGCAGCAGAAAACACGCGCGUUUUCUCCUCCAAUUGUUUUAAUUUGGGGGAGUUAUUUUGUCGUUUAUAUUCCAAAGGAGAGUUAUGCCACAGCAGCUCAUAUUAAGAAAUGUUAUUUUCUUCCCUUAAUAAAGUGGCUCUUUUCACCUUGUUCCUCGUGCAUUUACCUUAAUAUUUGUAAAUAGAGACAGAAAAAAUAAAUAAAAAAAACAGUUUCUCCC